GCGCGAGGCACAGGAGAGGAGCAGCGAUCGCGGAGACUGAUUUUCGAGCCGGUAUAUAAAAGUGAAGGGGCGCCAAGGAUCAGAGGCCAUCUGUUCGAAAAGUGCCACAACGGUUGGGACGAGGGGGGACCAGCCACCACACUUCAGGAUGCAGGCCCUCUGCAUCAUCGUACUCUUGGGCCUGGCCAGCAGCGCCUUCGCAGGAUUCCUCCACGGGGGCGGCGCAGCCAUCCUCCAGCCCGCCGCGCCCUCCGGAGUAGCCGUCGGCACAGCCUACCCGGCCAACCUCGCGUACAGGCCUGCCCCGGAAGCCACGUUCGUGCAGCAGGCAGCGCCCGUCGCAGUAUCACGGCCUACCGUGACGGUAGCCGCCGCGCCCGCUGCAAACUUCGCUUACCAGCAGGCGGCCCCGGUCGCCUUCCGAAGCCUACUUGGAGGCGCCGCACCGGCGGCCACAUUCGUCAGCCAUGGCCCUGCCGUGGCUCAAGUUCGGCCGUCGUUCGUCCAGUCAGCUCCGGUUAGAUUCAGUGUAGCGCAGCGAGUGUCCUACGCCGCACACGCACCCGUGCCAGCCGUGGGACAGACGCUGGUCGGACCCGCGCCGGGAGGAGGAGUCCACGUGAAGCACAUCGUUCCCGCCGCCGCGCCAGUUCAGCUGCGACAGUUCGUUGCCGCUGCGCCAGCCCCGGCAGUCUUCCAGCAGGCCCCUGUGCACGUCAAGCACUUCGUAUCGGCCCCUGCGCCCACUUUUGUACAGCAGGCGCCCGUCGUGAGACAGGUCGCGGUCGCGGCACCUGCGCCAACGUUCGUCCAGCAAGCACCAGUCUACCGACAGGUUGCCGUUGCUGCUCCGGCUCCGGCAGUCGUCCACCAAGCUCCUGUACACGUCAAACAGAUAUUCUCCGCCCCAGCUCCCGCGACCUUCGCUCAACCGGCACCAGUCGUAAGGCAGUUCGCCGUACCGGCACCGGCCCCGACCUUCGUUCAACAAGCGCCUGUCCACGUCAAGCACAUCGUCCCUGCGCCAGCUCCGGCAGUCGUUCAACAGGCUGCGCCAGUCUUUAGCGCUCCUCGCGUGACCGUUGCAGCAGGUCCAGCUCCUGCGUUCGGCUUCCGUCAGGUUGCUUUCCCUGCUCAGGCGCCUGUGCAUGUUAAGCAGUUCGUGUCGGCGCCAGCGCAGGCUUUCGUCCAUCACGCAGCUCCAGCGUUCGCCGCUCCUAGAUUUUCAGUAGCUGCUCCAGCGCCUGCUGUACUGCAUCACGCAGCUCCCGCAGUCGCUUACCGAAGUGCUGCUCUUGCUGCUCCAGUGGCGACCUUUGGAGCAGGUCUUGGCUUCGGCCACACACUCGCUGCUCCAGCAUUUGCUGCUCCAGCGCCCGUCCACGUUAAGCAGUUCGUGUCUGCUCCCGCACCAACGGUUGUUCACCACGCAGCGCCAGCGUUCCCAGCGCCACGCUUCGCUGUAGCUGCCCCAGCCGCGCCUGUAUUCGCUGCUCCGCGUGUCACGGUGGCCGCACCAGCACCGGCUGUUGUCCAUCAUGCCGCUCCCGCAGUCUCUUAUCGUACUGCUGCCCUUGCCGCACCGGUAGCGACCUUCGGAGCUGGCCUUGGCUUCGGCCACACAUUCGCUGCACCAGCGUUUGGUGCCCCAGCGCCAGUCCACGUUAAACAGUUUGUGUCCGCUCCCGCACCAGCGUUCGCAGCGCCGCGCUUCGCUGUAGCUGGCCCAGCCGCGCCUGUAUUUGCCGCUCCACGUGUAACGGUGGCCGCACCAGCACCGGCUGUUGUCCAUCAUGCCGCUCCCGCAGUCUCUUAUCGUACUGCUGCCCUUGCCGCACCGGUAGCGACCUUCGGAGCUGGCCUUGGCUUCGGCCAUACACUCGCUGCUCCAGCAUUUGCUGCCCCAGCGCCCGUCCACUUUAAACAGUUUGUGUCCGCUCCCGCACCAGCGUUCGCAGCGCCGCGCUUCGCUGUAGCUGGCCCAGCCGCGCCUGUAUUUGCCGCUCCACGUGUAACGGUGGCCGCACCAGCACCCGGUGUUGUCCAUCAUGCCGCUCCCGCAGUCUCUUAUCGUACUGCUGCCCUUGCCGCUCCGGUAGCGACCUUCGGAGCUGGUCUUGGCUUCGGCCACACACUCGCUGCUCCAGCAUUUGCUGCCCCAGCGCCCGUCCACGUUAAACAGUUCGUGUCCGCUCCCGCACCUACGGUUGUUCACCACGGUGCGCCAGCGUUCGCAGCGCCACGCUUCGCUGUAGCUGCCCCAGCGGCGCCUGUAUUCGCCGCUCCGCGUGUAACGGUGGCCGCACCAGCACCAGCUAUUGUCCAUCAUGCCGCUCCCGCGGUUGCUUACCGCACUGCUGCCCUUGCCGCUCCGGUAGCGAUGUUCGGAGCUGGUCUUGGCUUCGGACACACACUCGCUGCACCAGCAUUUGCUGCCCCAGCGCCCGUCCACGUUAAACAGUUUUUGUCCGCUCCCGCACCAACGGUUGUUCACCACGCCGCGCCAGCGUUCGCAGCGCCACGCUUCGCUGUAGCUGCCCCAACCGCGCCUGUAUUCGCCGCUCCGCGUGUAACGGUGGCCGCACCAGCACCGGCGCUUGUCCAUCAUGCCGCUCCCGCGGUUGCUUACCGCUCUGCGGCCCUUGCCGCUCCGGUAGCGACCUUCGGAGCUGGUCUUGGCUUCGGACACACACUCGCUGCACCAGCGUUUGCUGCCCCAGCACCCGUCCACUUUAAACAGUUUGUGUCCGCACCCGCACCUACGAUUGUUCACCACGCCGCGCCAGCGUUCGCAGCGCCACGCUUCGCUGUAGCUGCCCCAGCCGCGCCUGUAUUCGCCGCUCCGCGUGUAACGGUGGCCGCACCAGCACCGGCUGUUGUCCAUCAUGCCGCUCCCGCGGUUGCUUACCGCACUGCUGCCCUUGCCGCUCCGGUAGCGAUGUUCGGAGCUGGUCUUGGCUUCGGACACACACUCGCUGCACCAGCGUUUGCUGCCCCAGCGGCCGUCCACGUUAAACAGUUUGUGUCCGCUCCCGCACCAACGGUUGUUCACCACGCCGCGCCAGCGUUCGCAGCGCCACGCUUCGCUGUAGCUGCCCCAGCCGCACCUGUAUUCGCCACUCCGCGUGUAACGGUGGCCGCACCAGCACCGGCUGUUGUCCAUCAUGCCGCUCCCGCGGUUGCUUACCGCACUGCUGCCCUUGCCGCUCCGGUAGCGAUGUUCGGAGCUGGUCUUGGCUUCGGACACACACUCGCUGCACCAGCGUUUACUGCCCCAGCGGCCGUCCACGUUAAACAGUUUGUGUCCGCUCCCGCACCAACGGUUGUUCACCACACAGCGCCAGCGUUCGCAGCGCCACGCUUCGCUGUAGCUGCCCCAGCCGCACCUGUAUUCGCCACUCCGCGUGUAACGGUGGCCGCACCAGCACCGGCUGUUGUCCAUCAUGCCGCUCCCGCGAUUGCUUACCGCACUGCUGCCCUUGCCGCUCCGGUAGCGAUGUUCGGAGCUGGUCUUGGCUUCGGACACACACUCGCUGCACCAGCGUUUGCUGCCCCAGCGGCCGUCCACGUUAAACAGUUUGUGUCCGCUCCCGCACCAACGGUUGUUCACCACGCCGCGCCAGCGUUCGCAGCGCCACGCUUCGCUGUAGCUGCCCCAGCCGCACCUGUAUUCGCCACUCCGCGUGUAACGGUGGCCGCACCAGCACCGGCUGUUGUCCAUCAUGCCGCUCCCGCGGUUGCUUACCGCACUGCUGCCCUUGCCGCUCCAGUAGCCACCUUUGGAGCGGGUCUGGGAUUCGGUCAUACUUUUGGAGCUCCAGCUUUUGCUGCUCCAGCGCCUGUGCACGUUAAGCAAUUCGUCUCUGCUCCCGCGCCAGCCGUGGUCCAUCACGCUGCUCCACAGUUUGCCGUUGCUGCUCCCGCGCCUUUGCAUGUUAAGCAAUUCGUGUCUGCUCCCGCACCGGCCGUAGUCCAUCACGCCGCUCCACAGUUCGCCGUUGCUGCCCCCGCGCCAGCGGCCACACUAGUCCACCACGCGGAUCCUGUCGUUGCUUACCGUACUGCUGCUCUAGCGGCACCGCUGGCGAUGUUCGGCGCUGGACUCGGUCUUGGCCACACUCUUGCUGCACCCGCCCCGCCCUUCUUUGUGCAGGCUCCGGUUCACGUUAAACAUUUCGUCAGUGCUCCUGCACCUGCCACGGCUGUAGUCCACCACGCUCCACUUGUGAGGCAGGUCGUCGCCGCUCCUGCUCCAUCUUUUGUUCACCACGCCCCAGCGGCACCUGUGUUUAACGUCCCACGCAUCAGGGUAGCCGCUGCUGCUCCGGUUGUGCACCACGCUGCUCCCGCCGUCGCCUACCGUACCGCUGCUCUCGCCGCUCCUUUGGCAACAUUCGGAGCUGGACUCGGUUUCGGCCAUACUCUUGCCGCACCUGCAUUUGCGGCAGCGCCAGCUCCCGUGCACGUAAAGCAAUUUGUAUCGGCUCCAGCGCCGGCUCCCAGUUUCUUCGACCAUGCCCCAGUUUUCGCUGCGCCCCGCGUCGCAGUAGCAGCCGCUCCAACGGUCGUCCAUCACGCCGCUCCUGCCGUGGUUCAGCACACCGCUCCGGCUCUUGCAUAUCGCAGUGCUGCCCUGACAGCUCCACUGGCCACUUUCGGUGCAGGACUCGGCUUUGGACACACGUUCGCUCCUGCGUCAGCUCUGGUCCACCACGCCCCAGCCGUCGCAGCUGCCGUUCCUCACGUUAAGCACUUCGUUUCCGCUCCAGCUGUGGCUCCAGCACCUGCCGUGUUCGCCGGACCAGCUCCUGCUCCUGUCGUUCACCACGUGAAGCAGUUUGUAUCCGCCCCGGCCGUCGCUGCUGGGCCAGUAUUCUCUGCAGCUCCCGCCCUAGUCCACGCCGCUCCAGCAGCCAACCUAGUCGCUUACCGCACCGCUGCCCUGGGCGCUCCCCUCGCUACGUUCGGAGCCGGUCUCGGUUUGGGCCACACACUCGCUGCUCCCGCGGUACCUCAUGUCAAGCACAUCUUCUCUGCUCCAGCUGCCGCACCUGCAGCUGUCUUUCAACAUGCUCCCGUGGUCCAGCAAGUACACGCCGCUGCCCCAGCCACCUUCGUCCAACAAGCCCCCGUAGUCCAGCACGUUCAGGCAGCGCCCAGCGUAGUUGCCUACCGCCAAGCCGCGCUCGCAGCUCCACUAGCGACGUUCGGAGCUGGUCUGGGUUUCGGUCACACCUUCGCCGGCCCGGCUGCUUCGGUGCUCCACCACGCCACUCCGGCCGUCCACCAUGUGAAGCACAUCGUCCCCGCUGCUCCAGCCUUCGCUGCUCCAGCUGCCCCUGCCGUCGCCGUCGCCCACGCUCCGGCGCCAGCUUUGGUCCACCACCUCGCCGCUCCUGCAGUCGCCGCGGCUCCCCAGGUCGUCGCUUACAAGACUGCUGCCCUGUCCGCUCCACUGGCCACUUUUGGCGCCGGCUUGGGUUUCGGACACACCUUCGGAGCUCCAGCUCUGCUGCAGGCUCCCGCUGCCGUUCCUCACGUCAAGACGCUCGUACACCACGCUCCGGCGGCCGUCGUCCAGCAGGCUGCUCCGGUGACAGUGGUCCAACAGGAGCACGCAGUAGUCCAUCACGCCGCUCCGGCCGGCGCAGUGGUCCACCACGCCGCUCCUGCAGCAGCCGUCUUCCACCACGCUGCUCCCGCCGCGGCAGUUGUAGACCCGCAGGCAUUCGAUCUCAGUUACCAGAAGCUAUUCGCUUCUGGUCUCGGUCUGGGUCAGACCAUCUCGUACGGCAACGGCCUCGACGAGGAGCCCGGCUGGGAGGUGAAGUACAUCGAGUUGCUUCGCAGGAGGAAGAAGAAGUGAGCGGCGCGCUCAGCUCCUUCGGGAAAACUAAUAUAUUGUUGCGCGAGGAUGUUGUUGAAAGGAAAAUAAACUUGUACAGGUUGACAAUAAAUUUUCGCUUGCGAAAACUGA